UGACAGGUCCAUGUAGAAGAGGGCACCGCUCUGCAACCGCUUACUCCAUUUGCCCAAAGGGCUCUCCCUUGACUGUUGAUAGUCCAUAUCCUAAUCCUAUAACACCUGGACAAGGUUUACAACCUCCUAGUAUGUCAACCCCCAUGUUUCCUUCUGGGAAUUCCAUGUCUCAGCCUGGUAUGCCCAUUAGUGGUAUGAUGGGUCCAGAGAUAGUAUUUUCUGGAAGGCACGAUGGCAUCUGCGUAUACUUUGCCCAGAUUAUAGGAAAUAUUUGGGAUGGCAGCAUAGCUGUGGAAAGAGUUUUCAAAAGUGGCAAUCAAGAAGUUGUUGCAGUAGAAAGCAGUGUUCCAUCCCAUGUGCUGGAAUGUAUACUACAAGAGCUAAAAGGUUUACAAGAAUUUCUGGAUAGAAAUUCACAGUUUGCUACAGUAGGAGCCCUUGGAAACCUAAGUUUCAGCACACCAGCUAAUCUGCAGCAGAGGCUUUUGGGUUUCAUGCAACCUGAUGGUGGAAGUUCUCAGCAAGUGCAACAAGAGCUACAGAGGAAAUUUCAUGCUGAGGCACAACUAACUGAGAAGAUGUCGCUCCAAGUCAUCCAGCAGCUUGUUUGCAAGAUGUGCCAGGCUUUAGCUUUGUGGAAACUGCUGUGUGAGCACCAGUUCAAUGUUGUUUUAGGUGAGCUUCAAAAGGAAUUUCGAGAACACCUAAAGAUCACUGCUUUCAAAGACUUAGUGAUUAGAGACCUAGAGUUGACUGGAGUACUCAUUGGUUCCCUUAUAAACUGUUAUAUCAGAGAUAAUGCUGCUGUGGAUGGCAUCAGUGCCCAUUUGCAAGAUUGUCCUCUUCUCUAUAGCACUGAUGAUGCUGUCUGUUCCAAGGUAAUGGCACUUGCAGACUUUACAGUGACAAAACACAUGCAUUUCUAUGAGGGAAUAGUGGAACUCUCUCUUACUGCAGCUGAAAAAAAAGAUCCCCAAGGUCUUGGCCUAUAUUUCUACAAAAAUGGAGAACCAGAAGAGGAUGUUGUUGGACUCCAAGCUUUUCAAGAGAGACUAAACAGCUACAAGUGUAUCACUGACACCCUCCAGGAGUUAGUGAAUCAGAGUAAAGCUGCUCCUCAGUCUCCCAGUGUGCCCAAAAAGCCAGGUCCUCCAGUGCUAUCUUCUGACCCCAACAUGUUAAGCAAUGAAGAAGCAGGACACUAUUUUGAACCAAUGCUAAAGCUGACUCAACACUCAACAGAUGAACUGUUCAGUAUUGCAGUUUACAACUGGCUGAUACAAGUUGAUUUGGCUGACAAGCUCCUACAGGUGACUGCUCCCUUUUUGGAACUCUACCUUGUGCAGAUGACUAAGAUUGACCAAAAUGAAGUCCAUUAUAUGGAUUUACUGUGGAGAUACUUUGAAAAGAACAGAAAUUUUAGUAAUGCAGCCAGAGUCUUGGCUAAAUUGGCUGACCUGCAUAGAAAUUCUCUUCAGCAGCGUCUUGAAUACAUCUCACGUGCCAUUUUGAGUGCCAAGAGCUCCACUGCUAUAUUCUCUAUAGCUGCAGAUGGUGAAUUCCUACAUGAACUAGAAGAGAAAAUGGAAGUUGCAAGGAUCCAGCUUCAAAUACAAGAAACACUACAGCAUCAGUAUUCCCACCAUUCUUCAGUGCAAGAUGCAAUUUCCCAGCUUGAUGCAGAGCUGAUGGAUAUAACCAAGCUUUCUGGAGAAUUUGCUGAUCCUUUUAAGCUCUCGGAGUGUAAGCAUUGUGCAGGACAUUCUGAUCCUAUCUUGGUGCAAGCUCUCUGGCAAGGAAUCAUUAAAAAAGAAUUGAGUGACAGCGUGUCCCUGAGCCCUGCUGACAGAAUGCAAGCACUUAGUCUAAAAAUGGUGUUGCUUGGAAAGAUAUAUGCUGGCACACCUCACUAUUUUCCUCUAGACUUUAUAGUGCAGUUUCUGGAGCAGCAAGUUUGCAUUUUGAACUGGGAUGUAGGAUUUGUGACAUAUACCAUGCAGGUAAUUGGAGUGUCAUUGCCAAGACUGCUUGAAGUCUACGACCAGUUGUUUAAAGCACGGGUAAGGAAAAUAGCUACAAAGUGGAGGGAUGUGGACAUCUAUGAUGAUGAAAGGGAGAGUUUCUCACCCACGGAUAAUAAAUUUGCUACAUGCUCUGACGACAGCACUGUUAGAAUCUGGGACUUUCUACGUUGCCAUGAGGAGAGAAUUCUUCGAGGACAUGGAGCAGAUGUGAAGUGCGUUGACUGGCAUCCAACGAAGGGAUUGGUUGUCUCGGGAAGUAAAGAUAGCCAACAGCCCAUAAAGUUCUGGGAUCCAAAGACUGGCCAGAGCCUUGCCACACUACAUACCCAUAAAAACACAGUGAUGGAGGUAAAAUUGAACCUGAAUGGAAACUGGCUUCUGACAGCUUCUCGUGACCACCUCUGCAAGCUCUUCGACAUUCGGAAUUUGAAAGAAGAACUUCAAGUCUUCAGGGGUCAUAAGAAAGAGGCCACAGCUGUUGCCUGGCAUCCUGUUCAUGAAGGGCUGUUCGCCAGCGGAGGCUCUGACGGCUCUUUGCUGUUCUGGCACGUUGGGGUUGAGAAGGAGGUUGGUGGAAUGGAAAUGGCUCACGAGGGAAUGAUCUGGAGUCUGGCAUGGCAUCCCUUUGGACACAUUCUCUGUUCAGGCUCAAAUGAUCACACCAGCAAAUUUUGGACUCGAAUGUUGCUUGAUAUUUAA